AUUGGAACGAAACGGCGGGCGGCAUUAGAGGGGUUUGACUUUUUAACGUGCCUUGUAUGUCUGUGUUCACGUUUCUAUCUCGUUCCCUUCCCCCGUUAAUAAACAUACCUGGAGUAACAUCUACUCUUUGUAUCAGCCAAAAGGUUUUUUGUUCGAUACUUCCGACUAAAAUGUAGCUUCUGCGGUUGUAUGGUCUCAUCUUUUCUGACUCCACCGGUGUGUAUGCUUUUGGACCGGAAGUACUGCGAUCUCUGCGAAAGCUGGAAAGUUUAGUUGACAAUAACAUGUUACAGCUAGGAGCUCAGCGUGUUUUGCUCCCAACGUUAGGUCCGAGACACAUCUGGGAAAAGUCUGGUCGAUGGUCUACCAUGCAGAGUAGCUUAUUCAGAGUCAAAGACAGAUUAUCUCAUGAGUAUUGUUUACAGCCAGUAAUAUAUAAUUCUCUCACAUUCUGUUAGACCCAUGAAGAAUGUAUAACCAAUUUCAUUGCCUGUCUAAAUUUGUCGUAUAAGUCCCUCCCUGUUUUGAUGUAUCAGGUAAGCUACAUAAAAAUACUUUUGUUUUCAAGAUAACCAGCAAAUUUCGAGAUGAACCCCACCCAAAACAUGGUCUAGUCAGGGGACGUGAGUUUGUAAUGCAAGACCUUUACACAUUUGAUGCUUCUGCCGAGACAGCUGAGGAAACGUAUAGACGUGUGAAGACUGCGUAUUCUGACUUGUUGACUAACCUUGGGUUACCGUACCUAGUUGCAUCUGCAGAUCCAGGAAAUGUUGGUGGUCUCAUUUCAGAGGAAUUUCACGUUCAAGCUGAUGUAGGAGAAGACCGAAUAUUAGUGUGUUCAAAAUGCUCCCUGAAAUUCAAUUCAGAACUUAAAGUUGCCAGCUCAUUGUGUUCUUUACAAUCUUGCCCAAAAGUAUUCAAUGAAGUUCAAGGUAUAGAAGUCGCCCACUGUUUCCUAUUGGGUGAACGAUAUUCAAAGUGUUUUGAUGCCACUUAUCAAUCCCCUUCAGGCUCAAAGUAAGUUGUAGUGAAAUAACCUCUGAACAACUACAUUGUCUUCAUCAUUUUUUUAGUGUUUGGAAAUUUUACGUAUGAUGUUUAUCUUAUAAAAUGACACACAUCACUUCAUAUAUUUUAUAUCCUAGACUUAUGUUCAUGGGGUGCUAUGGUCUUGGAAUAUCACGUUUACUUGCCGUCUGCAUCGAACACUUGACAAGAGUUGCAUUUCCUGACAAAUCUAAAGAUCAGAUCACACAGCUUCGAUGGCCUGUCCGAAUCGCACCAUACAGCGGAUCAAUAGUUCUACAGAAGGUAGUUGGUUUAUACUUUGAGUAAUAUGGGAACUUUUAAAUAUGGAUUCUAACGACUAAGAAGUUCAGUUCUCGUAAUGUUGUUGUAUUACUACUACUACUACAUGUUUUUGUAAUAAGCUGGUCACAAAGCAAGUAUGUCUUCUGUACACACCUAUUAAAGUGAUGUCAACACCUGAUUACGCAGUAAGUACAUAUGACUGAGAUCACGGUAUGAAUGCUAGCUUUUUUUCCGAACCAUCACAAGGGUUAGAUCGUUAUAAAUAAGUACUUCACUAAACUUUAUCCACAAGUGGCUGUAAGAAUGUCCUGUUUAUGAAACACCAACAAACUAACUUUCAGAUACAAUUAUGACGUUUUUCUAUUUACCUGAAGGAAACGGCCAAGGACAGUGUGAAUCCAGAUGAGCUGAAAUAUAUCCUCGAUACCAUUCAAAGUGAUUCCAUCAACUUCAAGUUACUUGGUGACAUUUUGGUGGAUGAUCGCAAAGAAUUAAGCUUGGGUAGAAAAAUUCUGGAUCAAAGCCGCUUGGGAAUACCCUGGAUACUUAUUGUAAAGAGUCAGAGAGAUGGUACAUAUGAAUUGGUUGAUGUUUAUAAAGACAGAUCAUGUGUAGCUACUCUAGAACAAGCCAGGUCUGCAUUCAGUAACCCUGCAGUAUUUGAUGCAUCAUCUCUACCUUCAUGGGAUCACCGACAGAAUGAGCGCAAUAUAAAUGGAAACAAACUCAUUUAACUUGGUAAGCGCAUACAAAACAAUUUAAAGUUAAGAACUGUAAUAUAAUUUUAAACUAAAGAAAUAUGUACAAUAAAAACUUGUUUGAUAAUCCA